AUGAAUCCGAUCCAUGCUCUUCUUCGCCGAGCCGAAGAUGGUUCUCUUCCAACUUGCGAAACAGGUAAUGAGUAUGAUGGGCGCAUGGGCGUGCGCAUCUCCUCUAUUUUCGUGAUCCUUGUCGGCUCCGCCUUUGGCGCCCUAUUUCCUGUCUUUGCGCGCAGCUUCCAGAACUCCAAGGUCCCUAGCUGGGCAUUCUUUAUUGCCAAAUACUUUGGUUCUGGAGUUAUCAUUGCGACCGCUUUCAUCCACCUGCUGGGUCCUGCAGAAGAAGCCCUUCGAAAUGAGUGUCUCAGCGGCCCAAUCACUGAUUAUUCCUGGGCUGAGGGAAUCAUCCUUAUGACAAUCGUGGUUCUAUUCUUUGUCGAGAUGAUGGUUAUACGAUUUUCGCGUUUCGGUGAAGGCCACAGUCACGACAAUGACUCUCACAGCGACCACUCCCAUGCUCAUGGCCACGCCGGUGAGCUCAAGGGCACUGAGCUAUCGUCGAACGACGUAAACCAUCACAUGCCUGGCGAGGACCACCUUGGCCAUUCUCGAGAACACCGUGACCUCGAACUAGCUGAGAAGGGCGUUGAUCUUAAUGAGUACAUGGCUCAGCUGACCUCCGUCUUCAUCCUGGAGUUCGGUAUCAUCUUCCAUUCGAUCUUCAUCGGCUUAACCCUGGCAGUGUCUGGGCCUGAGUUCACCACUCUUUACAUCGUUCUGGUCUUUCACCAAACAUUUGAGGGUCUGGGUUUGGGUUCUCGACUGGCCACAAUCCCAUGGCCCCGCUCAAAACGCUGGACCCCAUACUUUCUAGGUAUGGGUUACGCAAUCUCCACACCAAUUGCCAUAGCUAUCGGCCUGGGCGUUCGCCAGUCCUAUCCUCCCGAAGGCUACACCACUCUCCUCGUCAAUGGUGUGUUCGAUUCAAUCUCAGCUGGUAUCUUGAUCUACACCGCUCUUGUCGAGCUGAUGGCCCACGAGUUCAUGUUCAGCACCUCGAUGCGCAGAGCCCCGCUUAAGAAUGUGCUUGCCGCGUUCGGUCUUCUGUGUUUAGGCGCCCUCUUGAUGGCGCUUCUUGGGAAAUGGGCGUGAUUUUUGUCUAUAAACUUCUUAGAAUGAGUCUUACCAUUUAUCCCUGCUGGUCAGAACAUGUAUAUAUAUAUGGUCUAUAUUUAGAUUGCCAGGCCCAUUUGCUU